AUGAAUCUUGAGCUUCUGGAAAGCCGAAUAUCUCUUUUGGAAGGUCUGGUUCUCGGGGUUUCGAGGGUGCCUCCUAAAAAAUCACCAGAUCAUUCUAUUUCAGACUUAAUCUCUGAGGUUCAGAAGCAAGUUUCGGUGGCAGAGAGACGACCCAAGAUCAAGGAAACUCUUGAAGGAGCAAGUGAACUACGCAAAUACAUGGAUCCAAAUUUUCUAGACGAUCAAGCACUGGCCAAUGCAGCCAAAAUUAAGGUCAUUCUGUCGCAUGAGGCCGAGAUUCUUCGGACAGCCAAGGCGUUGGAAGACCUUCAGUCGUUAAAGAAUGUCCUCAAUCAUCCCGCCUAUUCGGAUUUGUCAGGCCUGAAGGCCAAAUUCUCCGCUCUGCAGCAAAAACACGCCGAACAAGAGAAGCAAACUGCUGAUUUUAUAGAGCAAAGCAAUCAGGUCCUCGAGACAUACGCAAACACGGUACGUGAUAUGUCCAAGUUGCUUGUUGCCUGGCACAAGAAGGUGGCCGCGAAGUGA